CGGUACAACGUAGUUUAUAUAUAAAGCUAAAAAUUGGAUGACAACAUAAAUAAUACUCGGCAGGUUCGGGUUGUGAGAUGUGAGAAAUAUAAUACAUAAUAUCUGUCACAUGGAUUUAUAAAAUAGUUUAUUCAGUUUUAACUCGCGUGAGCGAUGCAACAAUGAGGACGGCCAAGUCAGGAUUUUCCUCGCCCGUGGGGCUGAGUGCUAGUCUGGCGGUUCUGUGCUGUAUGCUUGUUCCGGUGGCUCAAGCUUACGAUUUGUGCACAUGCAACCAUCUAACAUGUCCGGCCCCCGAACACUGCGCGCACGGAACGGUCCCGGACCAGUGUGGAUGUUGUAUGGUGUGUGCACGAGGCGUACACGAGCCUUGUGGUGGCGGGCCAGAGGGGCCGGGUGUGUGUGGACUGGGGCUUCAGUGUGUUAUCGACGCCCGACCCGGGGACCUCGUCACCGGAAACGAACAAGGCACAUGCCAAGAAAUAGCUGCUGACUGUGAUGCCUCAGCGUGUGAUUCGAUUGCGACCCAUCGAUGUCCGUCUGACUCGGUCCUUGUCUACAACAGCACAGAGGAGGAGACAGCUUGUUGUCGCACUACAUACGAAUGCCGUUGUAACCCGGCAGCUUGCAAGGUGCCGAAAUGUUUUGCGGGGCAUACACCGCAAAUCCUUCGCCAUAGUAACCAGCGCCCCGGCUCCUGUUGUGAUCUCUACCAGUGCCAACCACUAGGUUGUCUGUCCGAGGGAGUGGUGUACAAGAACAAUGCGACGUGGCGGGAGGGCGACUGUGUUAUGUGUCACUGUGUCGGGGGACGCAAGCAGUGCCAGGCUGAGAUGUGUGUCAAGACAUGCCACAACCCCGUCUAUGUCCCAGGACGAUGUUGCCCCAGCUGUGAAACCCCAAGUGUUUACCCCGACCAGUCGUCUGACUCCUGCCCGAGCCUAGAUAUGUGUAACAUCACCUGUCAUUCCGGACUCCGACAAACUCCCGAUGGCUGCCAUGUCUGCAAGUGUAGACCAAGACUGUGUUUCCAAGACUGUCGGUAUGGCUACAUUUUUGAUGAGUUUGGCCAGGAGACUUGUGACUGCCAUGCCAUACCUCCCUCCUGCCCUGCUCUGGACGCCUGCUCCAAAGACUGUAACCAUGGUUACCGCGCCAGCAAGAAGGGUUGCCCUAAAUGUCGUUGUAACAAGUGCUCACCACUCAACUGCAGCAGGAAGUGUAGCCAUGGGUACCAGACAGACAGAUUUGGAUGCGAAGUGUGCAAAUGUCAAGAGUUGUUGUGGGAGCGAAACUGCACUGUCAACAUAACAGAGUACCGGCCUGGUCAGUUGUGGACGACGGAGGACUGUCACUCGUGCAGGUGCACCCAUGAUGGCUCCGUCACAUGUCAGCCAGUCAUGUGUCCUGUACAGACAUGCCUGUUUAUGGUGAACCGGGCAGAAGAAUGCUGCCCUGUCUGUCUCAAUGUAUCCAUCACACAUGUUAGCUCCAAAGGCCAACCCACUGACAGACAUGAGGAACAGACAACUCACAUGACAUCGACUUCAAAGGGGGUGGACCAUGCAGCCCUGGCAGACAUGGAGCGGAAGUAUGUGAUCUCGCUGGCAGCGGUUGGCACACUGAUGAUGAUUUUGCUCAUCCUCGUCUUUGUCCUGCUCUACCUGAAGUUGAAGCAGCGGCACCAGGCGAGCUGGAGCGUCGCGGGCCAGGACACAUACUGCAAGUGUCCACUCUUCAUUGGCCACUCACCAACGCUACAGCAUAAAUAUAAUAUAAACACUGACCUCCAUCCUGUGGGCAAAAUAGGGUUUGAAACCCCUAUCAUGAGAAAAUUUGAGAAAACUUUCAUUGACACUGCUUUGAAAUCAGACUCUACUCCUGAGGAGCGGAAAAGUUUCAUUGAAAAAGACAAUGGUGCAGAUGAGCAUGAACAUAAAAAUGUGAAAGACUUCAUAAAUGAAGAUGAUGGUGUUGAAAAUAUUGAAUCGAAGUGCAAGUAUAAAGACUGGGCAGAUGUAUGAGAGUCUGCCCUGAGAAUGUAGAACAAUACUACACAGGACCAGAUUGUCUGUCAUAUAGCAGCUAAACUGUGUUCAUACUAGUGAACUGUUGCCAUUUAUAGAAAGGUCACCCCCCCCCCCCUCUGCAACUGUUUUGGGGGUGGGGGUGCAAAGGUGGGGAAUGUCGAUUUUUAUGAUGCUGCAUAACACAGUGUCUGAUGCGGGGCUUAGCUCCCCCCAAACCCUUAUUGCAUACAUGAGUUUGUAACUUAACUCAACCAUAGAUCUUCACACUUAUGAUCUGAUAAUAAAAAAGUUUUUUUCAAUGUUUUUUACACCACUUCAAUUAUUUAUAAAGGUGCUAAUGUUGAAAGAUGGUUUCUAGAUUAUGUAUUUUUAAGUAGGUUUAUAUCAUAGAUAGCACACAAGCAAAGAGAGCUUAUUUGAUAAAAAGUUAUCAUUGGCCAUCUCCCCUCAAACCAGAUGCAUAAAUUAUCCUAAAUUAUUGUUUUGUCUUCUCUUUGAUGUGAGUUCAAUUUUAUACGAAUUAUACAUCAGAUAGGAACCUAUUUGAUUGAGUAUUUUCUAUUGAUUAGUGUAGAGGAGUAACCUGAAGUGGUUCACAUGUAAUAUAUUGUUAUGUAACAUGAUGUGUAAAUAUUGCAAUGUUUUCUAAUUUAUGGUCUGCCAUGACAUCCAUUUGAAUCAUGUAUCGCCGUUGAAUCUCCAUAUCUGUAGCUAAUUGUUUGUUUACUCUAUAACAUGGACCAGUCAAGUAUUGUUCCUAAUAUUUUGCUAUCUUAUGACACACAAUUUUGUCAAUGCACAUGAAGGUUUUAUUUUCCAUAUCUGUAUCUCAAAAUUUAGCUGAUGUUGUGUGAUAUUGCAAAUUUUGUUUUAACAACAGGCCUUGCUGAAGAAUGAACAAUACUAUUGAAAAGUGGCAAGUAUUGUUCACUGAACACCACGAGACUCAAUGAGUUACAGAUAUUUGUUAAAAAUUGAGGUGAAUAAAUUUAUUUAUACAUACAGUAACUGUUUUUAAGCCCUUAAAUGAUGAUAAGAUUGACAUGUACUCCCUGUGUAAUUGUUUAUGAAAUCCACUGGUGAGAAACUAAAACACUAUAUUAAGGUAUGCUUAAUAUUAAGCAUUUUUUUCUGCUUAAAUUAAAUUUUGUAUGGUAUCUUAAUACCGGUAUUUACUUUAUGUUUUUUCCCAUAGUCAUCACUAGCAUUUGGGACUGAGUCAGUGUGUGAUGUAUUAUUUGUGUAAAUAAUAUUUUUGACUAAAUUAUGGUAAUUGUCCUUAAAGACAGACAUGAUUGUGUAACUUGCCCAAGUGCUUACAGUGAGCCCUUGCCUUUCUGUGCAUAUCAACAUUUGUUAAGGGUCACCUGAUCUCCUUACACUGACCAUUGGUUUUAUUACAAAUACAGGAUGUUUAUCAGAUACAUUCUGUUGUAUUUGUAAGAAACAAAUUAUUGCCAUAAUGUAUAAACCAGUGACUCUAAGUACUGAAGUCGGAAAGUUUAGGGAAAUAAAGUGCUUAGAAUUUAUUUUUACGCCUCAUGUCACAUUAUAUGUGUCUUUAAACAUGCAGAAAAUGUACUGUAGACUGAUACUAAUGCAUGAAAUUAUUUUUUGAGGUAAAAAUAUAAAUUGUUUUUAAUUUGUGAAAUUCUUGCCCUGUAGUUUAGACCUUUAGUUUAAGACAUCAGCUAUAUGUACUUUUUUCAUCUAAAGUUAAAAUAUAAUCUUGGGGUCCUACUAAAACUGUAAGUGUGGACUUACUAAGGUUUAGGCUUAUUUUUAAACCAUCAAAUUGAAAAAUAAUUAGUAGAUCACAUAUUUAGUUUAAUACCAGGUUAUUUAGGCUGUAUGGUAUGAAAGAAUUACUAGGAAGAAUUGAACAAGAUGGUUAGAUUAAUGCUUUUGAGCUUGACUAUUAUAUACAUGAGCAAGUUGGCAUUUUUACUUAUUACUUCUAUACCCUUCAUUCAAUUGACUUAAAACUUCACACAAUUAGAACCAUUUUGCAAUUAGGUUACAUAAAACCAUUUCAUCCUAAAUACAGCAGGUUAAAGUUAUUGGGCAAACGUGAUUUUCAAUAAUUACUUUCUCAUAUGCCAAAAAAAUUAUUGUCAGUAGUUUCGCUAAAAAUUAAGAAAAACAACAUAUAAUUCUUUAAAGUCUCAAAACUCUUUAAAAUGAGAACAUAACACAACAACAAUAAUGUGGUUAGCUAGCUUGAUCUUGUUAUGAGAUAUUAAUAUGGAGUCCAGUAUCAGCAAAAGUCGGUAUGUACCUAGUUACAACUAUUCUGGGAUUGACUAUGUACAGAUGUUGUCUAUACAAUUUUACUACAUAUUCCCAUUUAUGGUAUAGUGGGAUUCUUCAUGCAAGUUGCAACUAUGUAAUUAAUUAGUUUGCACUUAUUGUAAUAUUAAAAAAAAUCAUUAAAAAGAAACUAAAUAUAAUGUUGUGACCCUUGACAAAUGUUGGUGAGUGUAUAUUGUAUUGUAUUGUAUGUGCUAUAUUGGUGCAGUAUGUCAGUAUUCAUGUUCAGUCAUAUUCGAAAUGUUGGAAGUACAUAUAUAGGGCAUUGUGUUGGAAAGUGUUUUAAUAUGUGUGCAUCAGGUUCCACAAGUUACAUUCUUGAAAAUAGAAAUGUCAGAAUAUUCCAAAAAAUAUUCCAAAAAAAAUACCAGAUUCAUAUCCAGUUGUUAUACAACUGCAUUAUUAGUGGCAAAAAAGAAUAAGAAAGCUUUUAUUUUAUAUAGAUCAAAUGGUUAUAAAAUAAAUGUAUGAACAAAAACCUUUGCCUCUUAUGUUUCUGUGGGCUGUUCAAACUGGAAAUUAUUUAAAUUACAGUGAUUUCGCAAUACAUGAAACGUAUUUGUUGACAUACCCAUUUAAGUAUUUUGUCACUGCGUUGAAAAACCCUGUUCAUCAUUGUACAUAUCAGAAAUUGAAUAAAUGGAGAAAUCAU